AUGAGCCACCAGCAACAGCCUCCUCCAUCCCCUCGGCCGCCACCCCCUCUCUACUUCCCCUCCCUCUAUGACCGGACAACACAAAGCACCACCCUAGCAGACUGCAGCCUCUGGCGGAAGCUUUUUGUGCCCUUGCGUGGGGGCGAAGCCGGACCAGCCGGGCCUCAGAGACCCCCACCGGGGCUCGGGCUGCUCCCACCCGCCAGCGAGCGCUGCUGCCCACCUCCCUGGCCAGCUGGCCUGGCCCCGAUCCCCUAUGAGCCGCUGCGCUUCUUCUGCCCUGCCUCUGAGGGCACUGCUCAGCACGGAACGGGAGCACUGCAGCAGCAGCAGCCAGACGGGGAGAUCUGUGAGCUUGGCAUCCGCCUGAAGGAGCUGGAACUGCUUGCGCUCACUGGAGAUGGCUCUGACCCUCAGCAGUAUAAGUUUCUGAAGGCACUGAAAGAUGAAAAGACGCAAGAUGUACCGACAGGACUCACUCUAAAGAAACAUUCAGCUGCAUCAUGA